UAACUUUGUCAAAAUCAAACUUUAAUGUUUUUGUUUUCCAUAAUUACUCCGCUGUCGUUUUACCAAUAUUAUAUUAUGGGCGAAUUUCGUGGUUUCCUCCUUAUCUGAAUUUCGUUUCUCUCAACUUUAUCAGAAACACGGUAGUAGGAAUGGCAAGGAGCUACUUCAAACAAGAACAUGAUCUUGAGAAGAGAAGAGCUGAGGCCGCUAGGAUUAGGGAGAAAUACCCAGAUAGGAUCCCGGUAAUUGUGGAGAAGGCUGAAAGAAGUGACAUCCCAAGUAUUGACAAGAAGAAGUACCUUGUUCCUGCUGACUUGACUGUUGGACAGUUUGUAUACGUGAUCCGCAAAAGGAUUAAAUUAAGUGCAGAAAAGGCAAUCUUCAUAUUUGUGGACAACGUCCUUCCUCCUACAGGAGCAAUUAUGUCUGCCAUAUAUGAUGAGAAGAAGGACGAGGAUGGGUUUCUCUAUGUUACGUACAGCGGCGAGAACACCUUUGGGGAUCUGAUUUCCAUUCAGUAGCCACUAUAAUAAACUUCCACCGUAUGAUAUGGUGUCAUUGGUCUGUCUGAUAAAUUCCUCACAGUACUCGUGUCAAGAACAUUACUCUCAAUGUUUUGUACAGUUGUAUAUAAAUUCCGUGAACUUGAUCAAUAUUAAAAGUUCCCUCAUUCAGUCUUUCAA